UAAACACCGCCACCGCGCGCUCCAGAACCCUUCGAAGUUCAGUGCCACUUGAAUCUAGUCAGAAAUUAUAUCCUUCUCUCUCCUUUCACCGCGAUUUCUGCCGAUUUCUCUCGAUUCUGGGAGUCAAAUGAGGAGAGAGACCUCGUUUGGAGUGCGCUAAAACCAUGGUUCGAAACGUAUGGCUAUACGCUAUAUCCUCAAGACCCUGACCACAGCGGAAACACACGCCCAGAAGGGUCAUCUGUCUAUGAGCUUAGCAAGAACUCUGUAGAACUUCCUCAUGCCUAUCCUCAGGAUGUGGGUCUGAAAGGACGGGCAUUCCUUCCUAAGCUCGCCGUCUUUCCAGCUGUCAACAAGGAAUGUCGAGACGUAAUCAUCAAGAUGCUUCCAUCUGACAAUCCCGAGCUCGACAUCUUCAGGCAUAUCAUUUCUGAACCCCAACGGUCUGAUCCUCUAAACUUAACUAUCCCCGUGCUGGAGCUUUUACAUUAUAACGAUGAGUACUCAUUUGUUAUCAUGCCGAGGUGGGGCAACGCUGAUAGUUUGGAUCAGUGCGGUUUUGAUUCUUUGAGGACCGCGUUCGACUUUGUCAUAUCUUUGUUGAAGGUGCUAACGUUUCUGCACAACCACCUCAUUGCGUACAGAGACUUCAAGCUGAGCAACGUUCUGGUCAAUACUUAUUUCAACAAUGAGUUCUCGUUCGAUUAUCGUCCCUUUCUUGCUUCCAAGAGAGCGAAAUUUGCCCUCUGUGACUUCAACCUAUCGGUGAGAUUCCCACCUGAUACCCCUCCCUCAGCUCGAAUGUGUCUAGCACUCGAGAGCGAAUGUGGUUCCCCGCAAUAUCACCCUCCGGAUGCAGCGAAUGGAGACAUCAUGCACGAUCCCUUUGCCUACGACGUGGCGUGCUUAGGUGGACUGUUUUGUGAAGUUCUUGGUUACCUUACCCCUCUUCCGCCGCCCCUUGCGCCGCCCCUUGCGCCGUUCCUGGAUCGUAUGAUCACACCGGAUGUUUCUUCUCGUUACACUGCCCCCCAAGCACUCGCUGCUUUUACUGCACUAACGGAAAGAUUCAGCGCAAAGUAUCUCAGUAAACCCAUACCACAACCUCCGCAAGAGGAGGAACCUUUACCAUGGCAAUCUCGUGAUCGGUGGGCUGGCCUUCCCGAUGCUUUCAUCAAGAAGCAUACGCGAAUUAGGCCACCUGUCCGGCCUAGGCGUAAAGUGCCUCAGUUCGAGGGCAGAUCCUAUUUCGUCGAUUAAGAUUACGCCCACUAUUGCUAGAAAUCAACCCGCUUCCCCCAGUUCGUGUACUGAUCCGAGUUAUAUAUCAAUCUGCGUCGUCUCUAAGAAUUUCGGCUUUCUUUCGUAACUAGGAUUAUGGCAUAAACACUUUCACUUUGACUUAUUCGCAUGUAUAGGGUAGCGGUUGUACCGUUCGAGCAUAUCAUACCCUUGUCCAAAUUAUUCUCUAUGU